UUGAUUGACUAGUACAAAAUGCGUCAACUACUUCAAGUCAUCCCUUGGUUGUUUCUGCUGCUUCUUAGUCAGGCGUUACCACGUAGAUCAAAAUGCUAUCAUAAUUGGGGUUACGACUCCGUUAUUAACAAGUGUGUACCGCCUUAUGGGGCUGUUCACACCACAUAUAGACCAAAUGACUUGCUAGCCAGUAUCCUUAUAAAACCUAACUGUGCUGAGGGUCACGUCUGGCAGCAGGAACUAAUGACAUGUGUGAGAUGUCCGGCAACGGGCUGUAACCAAAGUACGCCUAAACCACAACUUCUCCUCGAAAAACAUUGUCCUAAUAUGCAGUAUCUGAAUUUGGCGACCAAAAAAUGUGUAAACUUAGUACCACCUGUUAUUACCUAUAAAGUUUGAUCAAGGUAUGGCUGUUUUUCAGACGUAGAAUAUCAAUAAACUAACUGAAAAAUAAGUCUCUAGUCGAGACUGCUCGACUACGAGAUAUGCUGCACCUUUCGAGCAA